AUGGAUGUCAAUCACCCCAAGGCCACUAGGCCUGAAACUCUGUUACUUCCCACAAAAGCCGAUUUCGGUGGCAAUGAUAGUGCGUCCACCGCGCCUGUGGAGCGGACGAAAGAAGUGGCUGCUCCUACGACUCUCACCAAGUCCAACCCAACCACCCUCCCGAAAACCAAACCUCCGGCCCAGCUGGUCAAAUUUCGGAAGCGAAAGCGAAAAUCAGAACUACCCACUUCCAGUCUCGAAACAUUGAGUGAAAAUCCUUGGUCGGUUUAUAUCAAAGGCAUUGAGAUCUUUCCGCGAAAGGGAAUAUUUCUGGCCCAGAACAGAGAGGACAAAAUGGAGCUGGUCCACAUUCAACAGCUCAAGGCGGAGCCAACCUCAAUACAAUCGUUGAUAAAGACUGUCAAUGGCCUCUCUUACCGCAGUUUCCCGCAGCUCUUGUGUCACUACCAAUAUGAGGAUCACUCGUUCCUUGUGUGGGAGCCGGUCGAAUGCUCUUUGUCUCAGGUCCUGGGAUCCAAGUACGUCCUAAGUGAGACCGAGAUUGCCUCGAUUGUGUGGCCAAUCCUUAUCGGAAUCAGAUAUCUCCGCGAUUGCGAUAGAGCACUUGCCACACUCACCAACGACGAGGUCUUGUUUACAGGGUCUGGUGGGGUCCGCAUUGCUGGCGUGGAACGAAGUUGCCGCAUCGAUCCUGAGGACAUGAAUGCGGCUACACUGAAGCUGACCGCAUUGUCAGAGAUUGUCAAAAGAUUAAUGAAAAAGAACGAAAAAUUCGACUCUGAUUUUUCGUGGAGUGCAGAGGCUCGGAAUCUGCCACACAGGCUGGAUACGGUCGAAGUGGACGAACUGAUGCUGGACGGCUUUUUUGCUUCCCUGAAAGGUGAGGCAGAACUGAAACUUAUGGUGAAUAUCGUAAACAAGACCUCGCACUACGAUGUCAACUUUCCGGCACGCAAUUGA